AUGGUGGUGGCAGGCGGGUACCUGGGGCCCUACAGCGACCAGGGCAAGCCCGACCUCCGGAACAAGAACUACUGCGUGGUGCCGUGCGAGGAGGGGGACUUUGUGUUCCUGCUGUCCAACGGGGCGUGGCGCAACCUGCAGCCGUUCUACCUGCGCCACGACAUCACCGCGGCGGACCGGGAGGCCGACUACCCGUUCCUCGCCCAUUGCCCGCAUCACCGCACGUGGGCCGAGGUGCAGGGCGACCGCCUGCUCCACCCGUGGGACACCGCCGUCACCCUGCCGCUCCUCGCCCGCUGCCUCGCCCGCGCGGCCGCCGACGCGCAGGGCGGACUGUCGGCCGAGGCCAUCGUGCGCGCUUUCAUCGACCACGCCCAGCAGGCCACGCAACCCGUGCGGCAGUGGAUAAUGGACAACCCGGGGCGCCGACUUGUGGGCUACGACCUGUGCGCCGGGUGGAUGGGGGAGGCCUCUUGUGUGUGCCUGGCCGUCGGCCGCCGCACCAGCGAUCCCUGA